CGCGGGAAAUAGCUACCUUGUAGCGUUACAAAGCCCAUUGUCUCACGACCUCCUCCCUCCAUUUUCCAUCGCCGGGACCGGAUCUCGCCAGGAAAAAUGGCGCCCGGAAUUGCCUUCGCCUCUCCCACUAAGACGACGAAGGGCCGAGCGGUGGCCGACGAGGACCCCACCUCGUUGAAGAGGCGGAACGAGGAGCUGGAGGCGCAGUUGAGGCAGAGCCUGGAGAGGGAGGAGAGAAUGCGGGCGGAGCUCGAGCGGACGCUCGAGAGGCUGAGGUUCGCGGAGGAGGCAGAGGAGCGGCUUUGCUCCCAGCUCGGCGAUCUCGAGGCGGAGGCCGUCGAUCAGGCGAGAUCUUACUACUACAAGGUCCAAUCCCUCACCGAGCAGCUCUCUCGCGCUCAGCUCCUCCUCCAGAACGCCGUGAAAUCUCAGGCCUGACCGGUCUUUCCAUCAUCCAUCCCAGCUUUUCCCUUCAUCCUCCUUGUCUUUCCUUUUUUCUUCUUGUACGUUUCUUGCUAAAGCACAGACGAAGGAGUUUUUGUCUGGGGGUUUCGGUAGAUUUGCGAUGGCCAUCCGUGAUUGUAUAGGACCUUCUUUUUGUUUGUUUUUUUUUUUCCUUUUCAAUCUUUUCGUUUGUUCUUACCUGAAAGAUGUAAAUUUGGUUAGGUGAUGAAUAUAUUAGAAAUUUUGUGGCUCUCA